AUGAAGAGAUAUCAGCAACACACGCACGCAAGCUGGCACAAAGCCUACGCAGACAACCACGAUUGCCCAUGGUGUCUUGAGAACCCUUCUCUACGCGACAAUGUCGGCCCCCCAAGCCGACCGCAGUCUAAGCUGCGCACUCGGGUGCCAACUCGCAAUGGACACAGCAGGAUGGAGACUGCCUCGCCUAGUCUCUCUGUUCAUGCCCAGCAGCAGCCUAUGAAAUACGAACAAGAACAUCAAAAUGAAGAAGAGCACUAUGAACAUCAAUCGCUCCCUGAGGGCCAAGUCGCCGAUUCUCAGGUGGAAAGUCACACCCCCACCGCUGACUUUGCUGAUGAUGAUGCCGCGCAUUUUGAGAAUGACGUCGCUUCCCACGACGUGGAAGACGCUAGUCAUGUCAAUGAACAGGAGGGGCAGAGUUUGAAUGAGGUCGUGGACGAUAGUGUUCUUGGUGCAGACCGCCAGUUCUCUCCGGAGGUAUCCGAUGAUCGGACGACUUCUGAACAAUGA